AUGGGCCACGAUUGUAGCUGGAUUAGGAACUUUUCAGUUUGGUUACCAUUUGGUACGUAUUUCAUUUGCAUGAAUUUUUCACCACCGGCUCUAACAAAGGCUGAACUCAAUGCACCAGAAGAUAUCAUUACUUGUGCUAUUACCCGCCACGGACCACUUCCUCACUAUUCAGAUACAUUCUGGGCACAUCAUGGCCGAGAAACUUGCAUAGAUAUGGGGCAUAUGGGGGUUGCUAUGAUGACGACAAUGUUCACGGUUGGCGGUUUUGUGGCAUCAAUAUUGGCAGGUUCUUCAUAUGUUUCAGCCAAUGUUGGACGUAGGUCCAUGUGCAUGCUAAGCUCUUCCAUGUAUGUUGUUGGUUCUGCCCUUAUUAUGUGGGCAAAUAGUCUUUUAGCAAUUUGCAUUGGCCGGUUUAUUGCUGGAUUAGGAGCAGGCUCUUCGUUGGUUAUGGGUCCAUUGCUCAUCAGCGAGUUAACUCCUCCCAAUCAUCGUGGUUUAUUGGGGUCUUUGGUACAAUUGGCCGUUGCAAUUGGAAUAUUAUCGGCACAAUUGGUGUCGUACGUUUUCGCUAAUAAUCAGCAAUGGAGACUAAUUUUCUUCGUUGCAACUAUUAUGGGACUUGUUCAGUUUGUCGCCUUGUUCACCACUCAUGAAUCUCCCAAGUGGAUGGUUAUGAAUACGGGUGAUGUUCAUGGUGCUACGUCAAUUCUCCACGACUUGAGAUCCACACGGCUGCGAGCUCAAAGAGAGCUUAAACAUUAUCGUCGUCUUUCCAAGGUGGUUGAUGAUGAAGAAGCAACGACUGAGCAGUCUCCCCUAGUAGCCUCGAGAGAACCGACUACAAGUGAGUCUGGUAGUUCUCAAGUCGCAAAUGCCGAAGAACCAACAGAACCGGUUCAUGCUACACCUUUCGAAUUUAUGACCUCACUGGAAUACUGGCCCCAGUUUCGUGCUGUUGCGCUUCUUCUUACGGGACAGCAGCUCUGUGGAAUGAAUGGAAUCACCUUUUAUGGGGUAUCUUUCCUUUCUCCCAUUUUCAAAGAUCCAUUGAUGAUUGCUUGUUCAAUUUCUUUAUGCAACGUUAUUUGUGCAAUUGCAGUGUCGCCUGUAGUUGAUAGGUGGGGCCGAAAACCUUUGGUGUUACUUUCCGUGGUUACCAUGAGCAUUUGUGCAUUCGCUAUUGCUAUAGGAAUGCAGUUUCAGAUUGAAGCUGUGGUUGCAAUUGCUUGUUUUGGGUUUGUUGCUGGAUAUUCUGCGGGAAUGGCACCAAUUCCGUUUUUGAUGAUAUCCGAAUUGGCACAUCAUGAAUCUGUGGGAGCAGCACAGGCAGUUGGAGGUGCCUUAAACUGGUUAGCAAAUAUCUCACUUGCGUAUUUUUUUCCAUUGGUAGAAGCCAAAUUGGGAGGUUGUAUUUUUUAUGGGUUUUCUGCAAUUAGUGCUGGUUAUGCCAUUUCAAUUGCGCUAUAUGUUCCAGAAACUCAUGGUAAGUCCCACGAAGAGGUAUGGGAUAGCAUAUAG